AGUUCGGAGGCGGGGGUCACCGUGUGCACGCGCAGCAUGUGAUGCGGAUCCUCGGAGAUGGACGCUCCGCGGUGACGUUUACAGCAGAGCCGACAAGGGUGGACCUCUGUCCCGCAGAGACACAAACUGGGAGGCUGCGCUAAGGGGGCUGUCUGAAGACCUGAGACGGUUGGAGAGAUGUCCGAGCCAGAGAAGAGCGGGGACGUCCCCGAGCCUGCAGGACAAGGAAACACUCUUCCCCGCGGAGGGAAUCCUGCGAAGAGCCCACAGGACUUUGACCUGGCUGCCAUCUACGUGUCAGACGCUCAGUACAACAGGAACAUCUACUUCGACACGUCGCCGCAGGCUGUGAGACUGUAUCUGCGCUACAACCACUGGCUCUCUCAGGUGCUCCUCUACUUCUUUAUCCUGGUCGAUCUGUCUCUGGCGAUCUUCGAGGAACCGGCCGUCCUCCCUCUGCCUACAUGGGCCACCAUGCUGGUGGAGCUGCUCUGUCUGCUCGUCUUCACCAUUAGACUCGUUCACUACGCCAAAGUGAUCCCUCGAGACAAGUUCUGGAAAGAUCCCAAAAACAUCUGCAUCAUCGUCAUCCUCAUGCUCACUCUGGUCGAUAUGGCCAUCUACGGAGCGCUGAAAGCUACAAACUGUUACGCUCUCCGCUGGUCCAGAGUCCUGCGCCCGCUGCUAUUGGUCAACGUCACAGAGGGACGGCAGCUCCGCAGAGCGUUCAGAAGCAUCCGGAACGCUCUGCCUCAGAUCUUCUACGUCUUCCUGCUCUUCAUGUUCAGCCUCCUCAUCUUCUCCCUCAUGGCCCUCAAGCUGCUGGGCAAACGAGGUCUGAAGACCAUAAAUGGAUCUCCGUACUUCACCGACUACCUGGAGAUCGUCUUCGAUCUGUACGUCCUCGUCACCACGGCCAACAGCCCCGACGUCAUGAUGCCGGCGUACAACGCCAGCUUAGGGUUCACCAUCUUCUUCAUCUUGUACAUCCUCAUCAACACCUACAUCUUCAUGUCCGUCUUCUUGGCCGUCGUCUACAACAACUACAAAAAAUACCUGAAGGAGGAGGUACAGCAGAUGGUGAGGGCCAAAAGGCACAAGAUGGUGCGAGCGUUCGCCGUGCUGCAGGAGCAGCGGGUCGAGGGCGGGGGCCCGGUGGUGACCCAGGCUAACUGGAACCAAAUGGUCCGACUGGUCCAGCCCAACAUGAGCAACGCCCACAGAGAGCUGCUGUGGAGCGUCUCCGACGACAAGAACCAGGGCUACAUCGGUAAGGUGCCAUUCGUCCAGCUGGCCGACCUCCUGAACAUCGAGGUGAUCACGGUCAAGUCAAGACCACACCCCCUCCACAGCAUGUGCCCCGCCAUCUACCUGUCGGCGCCCAGCCGCCUCCUCUGCCGAUUGGUCCAGCACCGGGCCUUUGUGAUUGUGUAUGACCUGAUCAUCCUGGUGAACGCCGUGUUCAUCGGUCUGGAUGAGCAGAAUCAGAUGAUCGCUAACUCCGAGUGGGUGUUUCUGGCUCUCUACCUGCUGGAGAUCCUGCUGAAGCUCUACGUGUUCGAGCCCAGAGCCUUCUUCUCCAGACACAGCUUCUGGAACUGCCCAUCUGCAUCCCAGAUUAUCAGUACGAGGUUUGACACCAUCAUCGUCGUCUCUGCUCUCAUCGCCACAAUCCUCAACUCCACCAUGAAAUCAUUGGAGGAUUACACCACCCGUCAGAUCCUGGACAUCGUCUUCAUCCUGCGAGUCCUUAGACUGAUCCGGGUGGUGGACAGCAUCAAAAGGUUUCGUGCCAUCAUCAACACCCUGAUCAGGAUUGGACCAGCGAUCCUCACAUUUGGACAGCUGAUCAUUGUGGUGUACUACAUCUUUGCCAUGGUGGGGAUGGAGCUGUUCAAAGGGAAGGUGAAGUUUUACGAGGAGGACUCCACCGACCCGGAGAAGGCGUACUGUGGAAACCCUCUGCUGAAAGGAACGGCAUUUGCAGAGCUCAACUACUGCAAGAACAACUUCAACAACGUGGUUUCCUCCUUCAUCCUGCUGGUGGAGCUCACUGUGGUCAACCAGUGGCACGUGCUCAGCAGCGGCUUCGCCUCCGUCACCUACAUGUCAGCCAGGAUCUUCUUCGUCCUCUUCCACAUCGUGGUCGUCAUCAUCAUCAUCAAUAUUUUCGUGGCGUUCGUCCUCGAGGCGUUCUUCGUGGAGUACUCGGUGGAUAAGAGCGACCUGCAGACGUCUCUGGAGAGGAAGAUCGAGGAACUGGAGCUGGCUGUUGAACAGGAGAAGUUGGAGGAUAACUUGGUGAACGCCAUGGAAACCAUCGACAACGACCAGGGAACCAGCCAAUCAGCGAACACCAAACCCGCCCUGAUGUUUAAAAUCGCUUCAAAAAGAUAUCGGACGGUGGACGCUCUGCUGCAGCGGAUGUUCGAGGCCGAUCUCGACCCCGAAGACUUCGCGGAGAACGACGAUCCCGAAGCUCAGAACAACGGCAGCUUUGUGAACCCGACGUUCAGCCCUGUAUAAACGUUUCUGUACGAAUAUUUACGACGGGAACCAGAAUCUGUCAUUUCUAUAGUCUCACACUCCGGAUCACCUCACGUGUUUGAAUCUGAUGUCGAUCCAGUGCAACGUGUCAACGGUUAUUUUUAUAUUUCUGUCCUGUAGCUCUUUGUAGAAACACAGGAAAUCAGUAUUUUCACAUAAAGAAAAUUUACACCGA